CUAGAAGAGAUGAAGUGCUUGUGAAAUCCAGAGCUUUGCUACCUAGAGAGAGAGAGAGAGAGAGAGAGAGAGAGAAGAGAGAGAGAGAGAGAGAAGAGAGAGAGAGAGGCUGAGAAGCCUUAGAGGAGUUCCCUUGUCAAUGACGAACCCCUCUGAUGAUUUGGACGAUCUCCUUGACAGUGCUUUAGAUGAUUUUGAGAAGCUUGAUUUGGGUUGUGGAAAGAGGACUGACGAGUGUAAAAAUGGGUCAUUAAAAGAUGUGGAAAACAAACAAGAAGGCCCUUCUGUCCAAGGGCUAGGUCUUGGAUUACCCACACUUCGCCCUAAGAAGAAGGGUAAACAAAAGGUUUUGAGUGGUGGCUCAACGGGAGUGGAUUCUUGUAUAUCUGAGGCCCUUGACAAGCUUACUCAGCAGACAAAGGAAACAAUUAAAGGUUUAGAGUCAUCAGCCCCAGAAGACCCAACUGAGCAGAUGAUGGAGAACUUUGCCAAGGAGUUUGCAGAGCUUUCUGGGUCCCAGGACAUGGAGUCCAUGGUAGAAACCAUGAUGCACCAGCUUUUGUCCAGGGAGAUUCUUCAUGAACCUAUGAAAGAAAUUGGAGGUAGAUACCCAAAGUGGUUGGAGGAGCACAAGGCCAGUUUGAGUAAAGAAGAUUACGAGCGCUAUUACCACCAGCACCAGCUUAUAGUAGAACUCAAUGAUGUCUAUGAAAAUGAACCCAACAACUUCACCAAGAUAGUUGACCUUAUGCAAAAAAUGCAGGAAUGUGGCCAACCUCCCAGUGAUAUUGUACAUGAACUUGCCCCUGAUCUUGACCGAUCGGACUUCCAACUAUCGCAGGAAUUGGUUGAUCCCACAUCGAAUUGUUGUGUAAUGUAAACCAUUGAUGGCUGAUGCCCUAGUGUCCAAAAGUACUUUAUUUCCUUUUUUACAGAAGUUGGUAUAUAUUAGGAUUUUCAAUAAUAUUCGCAUUAGCAUAUGUGUGGAUCGAGAUGAUUUUUGGGUGUAGUAGAUUCGCUGCCCCUCUGCCGAGCAUGCAUUUGAAAAUUUGUGGGCAUCGAUUCUUCCUGAUGAAAGCUUUAAGAGCCAUUCUUGAGAAAGUAGAGCAAUCGAUGCAUUUUAACCCAUAUAUUGUGGUGCGUGUAAUUGUCAGUUUCUUUUAGAUGAAGAGCAUAUGAAA